UUAUGCAUUCUACAUCUGAAGCUCAAAGCUGACACAGAAAAAAUGUCAAAGAGCAGUAGUGCUGAAAGCUGUAGAGUUCUGAAAGAAGCACGUCUGGUGGAGAGGAGGUUCUUGGCCAGGCCACAACAUGAAGGAGCUGGGGCCAUCGUUAGAAGGAGCAUAGGACGGUUUGAGCUGAAAUACUUUGAUCCUUUUCUUGUUCUGGAUGAGUUCUCUGUUACUGCUCCUGCUGGAUUUUCUGAUCAUCCACAUAGAGGGUUUGAGACAGUGACCUACAUGUUGCAGGGAUCUGUGACGCAUGAAGAUUUUGAAGGGCAUAAGGGAACAAUUGGAGCGGGUGACUUACAGUGGAUGACUGCAGGAAAAGGGAUUGUUCACUCAGAAAUGCCUGCUGCCCAGGGCACCCAAAAAGGCCUACAGUUGUGGAUCAAUCUCUCCUCCAAUCAUAAAAUGAUUGAACCAAAGUAUCAAGAAAUACAGAGCAAAAAUAUUGCAGAAGCUGUCAGAGAUGGAAUCAAAGUCAGAGUUAUAGCUGGGGAGGCCUUGGGAACAAAGUCGCCAAUCUACACAAGGACUCCAACAAUGUACAUGGACUUCACUCUCAAACCAAGAGCUCAUCUUCAACAACCAAUACCAACAUCAUGGAAUGCGUUUGUAUAUGUAUUAGAAGGCGAAGGUAUCUUUGGAAGUCUAAAAUCUCCGCCUGCCUCAGCCCACCACCUUCUGCUUCUAGGCUCAGGGGAGGGGUUGGAGGCAUGGAACGAGUCCUCCAAACCCCUCAGAUUCAUUUUAGUUGGGGGAGAACCAUUGAGGGAGCCUGUAGUGCAGUUUGGACCCUUUGUAAUGAACACCCAAGAAGAGAUUGACCGAACCAUUGAUGAUUUUGAGAACUGCGUCAAUGGCUUUGAGAAAGCAAGGCAUUGGAGAUCAGAAACAGCCAUUAGUCUUGAUAUUUAGCUCUAUGUUUCUUAAGGUGUAGGAGACAAAAAGGUUGUUUCCAAAAAUUUGUACGAGUAAGUUAUUAUUUUUAGCUAGUUUUCAUUCCGAUCCAAAAGGGAAAAUAAAUAGGAUACUCUCUCAUUUCC